AUGGAUCCGCAACACGCAGGAAACCCCUCCAGCGACUCUGGUCCACCACCGGCAUACUACGAACAGGCACCUCCACUACCUGCUCGUUCAACCGACGCUUCGCAGCAACUUCCGGUGCAAUCAUCAUAUCCAGCCCCUCCUAAGAGAUUGAACAGCGCCAGAACUUCAACUGAAGACAUUUCCUCACCCAUACAUUACACUCGAGAUCCGCACAAGCUUGUGGCGUACCUGGUCCCAUUUCCAAAACCGAAACUCCAUGGAAUCGCUCCAGAUGCUAUUCCGACCAGGUUUCUGAUAUAUACUCCACCUCCUCCUCCCCUCAAAGCACCCGCAGAGGGAGAGAAAGAGACCAAGGUUCACAAGUUGCAACGCAAAUGGCAGGAAGAAGUGCGUGAAGCAAAGAUGUCAACUGCUAAAACCGCAAGCUGGAAGGGCGUCAAAAGCAAAGCUACUAAGGCGAUCAAUACAGCAAUGGGUUAUACUAAGACCUCAAACCUCGAGUUCAUCAACAGGAUCAACCUAGACGGCGAUAAAGGAUCUGAAGAGCACACUCAGCGUGAGCAUGCUGAAGGUGGAGAAGUUCAUCGCACAGUCGGUUUGGAGGAGAUGAUACUGGUGUAUCCUGCGGAUAUCAAGAGUACCCCAGAUCAGCUCAGAACCGAGUUUGUCGAGACGAUGAUGCGAAGCAAGAGCAAGGCUCAGAGAGACUCGAUCAUUGCCACCGGCUUGUUGCCCGUAUCUGCUGCAACUGAUAUCAUGCUUACCUUGAUCUGGCCAUUCGGAGGUCUACUCGAGGUCGACGCAGUCUGGGCAGCUGCUUCGUUCAGAGGUGCGAAGAUUUCUCGCAACGUGACCAAGCGACUUCACUCUACUUCCACGAGUGGAAAGCAUGACGAAGAUACGUUGAGACUCUCUUUCACCCCUUCGCCUCGUCUCGAACUACUGGACAGAUACCUGGAGGCGAGAUGCCACGAGAAGGAUGCAAAGAUCUUCCCAUCCUUUGGUACUUCACCGACUGAGACAGAGUGCCUUGAGGCCAUAGGUUGGGCUCCAAGUCAGACUGAUGGUGAGGCAAAGAACUGGGAAGAUGAACACUGGGAGACCACAGAGGUCAAAGAUGACCUCAAGACUGUCAUGGCCAAAGCAGCACAUGAGUGGGACAAGUGGUGCAAGGCCUAUGAGAAGAAUCCCGAGAAAGCAUCGAAGAAGUAA